CUGUGCACUCGAACCGGGAGAUUGAUCGUGUGGCAGCCGAGUGUGAGGGUCAGUGGUCAGUGUGUGGUCAGUGUGUGGUCAGGGUCGCGCACCUUGGUCGCGGAACACGCGCGGACGGCGCCUUCCCUCUUUUAGCGGCCGCUGCCAGCCUCUGGCCGAUGGGUGACCGACGACGUACAAAGUACUCCCACACCGGCAGCGACACCAACCGCAUGAACCACUCUACCAGCCCACCGUCCGCGCCUCCGCUCUCCCGGCUUCCCUCACGCGCAUGUAGCGCCGCUCUCGACCGCGACACCGGGCACGCCGCCCUCCUGACACACAAUCAUGGCGGUCGAGCAAUGGGAGGACGAUGAGUUCGAGGGCCAGUUCCACGCGUUUGGCAGCGCGAGCAUCGGCACUGGCCCUCUCAGUAUGUCCUCGCGGAUGAGCACCCGCUCGGAGUCGGUGGCUGGCGAUGAGGACUGGAACGUGGUCAUCACACCGAACGACGAGCAGAGCACCGUCCAAGCCAUUGAGUCUGCGAAGCAGGCGGGUAUCCCCCUGCCCGAAAAUGUACCCACCAGCGCCCUUCUAGGUGGCACCAUCAAACGACUGGGCAAGAAGAAGUCGAAGCAGAAGAUCGAGCAUGACUGGGAGAAUGAUCUCGAAAUGUCAGACCGACCGCUGCAACUGAAGCCCAGGACCGAGGACUCGGCGGACAUGAUCGAGGAAGGCUUCGAUGACUUCGACGAAGACCUUGAAGGAAGCUUGGGCAUUCGCUUUGCAGGGAAACGUGAGACGAGAGCCCGCAGCGGCUCUGCAUCAGUGAUGAGUCCUAGUCUAGGUUCUGCAACCGCAGACAGCGAGGUCGACGACUUAGGUGGACUUGAUAUUCCCGAAGGACCCAUGGACUUUCAGGAAAUGCUAAAGAAGCGACGUGCUGCAGAUGCAGAGCUCUCAGACCGGUCGCAGCCUAGCUCUGCUAUUAUCGAACAAGAGCCAACGAUGAAGACGCACAAGAAGUCAAAGCUGGAACCUGACGAUCAUGAUGACUUCCUCGACGACCUUGAUCUGGGAGACGGCGAGGUGCUGAACGUGCGGAAACGUACCACGAAUCGGAAUGUUCAGGUGAAGUCUACCAGGCCGCCGCCAUCAGCCCAGCGCCCUGCGACCACACUGAACUUCCACGACAAACAGACGAACAAACCUGUAUUCUCCAGAUCACAUAUCCCACGACCAGUGUCGGGCACUCGACAGACAUCACGUUUGGAUCCAGUAUUUGAAAAUGGCGACUCCCAAGGGCUGCGGAAUAGGAGAGGACCUACCACUACCAGUGCGCAGUUGCUCCGCUCGAAGAGAUCGAUGCCAGCUUUGCGCAACCAGUCGAGCCACGGGUCAUUUUCCAAGCCAUCAGUGCCAUUCCUACCCGCAGGUGUAUCAAACCUGCAAUCUUCUCAUGUUACUGCACAUCGUGCCAUGCCCUACCAUCUACGUCGAGAAUCCGACCCCAGCAGACAGGGCGCGCAAUCGCCCCCGCCACCACGACCCAGCUCGAGGCUCUCAAACCAAAUAGCUCCAGAUACGCCAUCACGGACCUCCAGGCAAAGGGAGAAUGUAGCACCUGCUGCUCUUGUGAGGCAAGCUGCUGCUAAGCACACUUUGACCAAGCCGAUAAAGAAACGGCACUUUGGUGACGGUAACGAGCUCGAAAUAUUCGAUGACUUGCCAACCUCAGCAAGUAAAGAAAGCAAAUAUGUCAGACAGCCUGUUGGCCGAGGCCCACCCAAGCAGAGCACUCUUCGACGAACGCAAAGUCGCUCUGAAGUUUCUGAUGCCAGCAAACGCAAUUCCGCCAUAACGGUCGUCCCAGAUAGAAUAAUGACUCCCGCUCCACCUAGGACUCCCGCAAGUCCAACAAGAGGCUUCCAUGAUGCUCCUACCGCAACACCGAGCUAUCUGCGCGACACUGCCGCAAGUAGGAUUGCCCGGGAAACGCGACUGGCAAAUCAGCCGAGGCCGCGGAGUGAGGGCCCACUUCAACCUUUGACCACAAAUUGGAAAGCCCAGGUUGCGGCCAGGAGUCCCUUUUCCAGUCCCAAUGCACAGCGCCAGAAAAGCACACGCAGACCAGGCCUCAUCGCCGGCAUCGGGUCACACGUGGCGAAGAGUGAGAAGGGCAUGGUAUACAAUCCUCAAACUCUUCGCUGGGAAGGCAAUGAGAACACCCUGCGCGAAUUUGACCUCCCACCAUUGGACACGCCGACCCCACAACUCCGGCCACGUUCAUCCUACAUGGAGCGCGUGGAGCGCGGCCACCAACGAUCGAACACCUCGCCUUCACGGCCAGCGCUGAUCUCCCAUGUGGCCACCGGCAGUGGGUUCAAUAUCCAGGUCCAAAACGGCAUGGUGUACGACCCUCAGCAGAUGAAGUGGCUGAAGGUCAAAGGCGGCCGCGAUGUCUCCGGGCAAUUUUCGCCGUCGGCCACCGAUGUUGAGGACGAGGAGGAUGCGUUUGCUGGCAUCGAGGAUCUCAAAGACGAGAACACCCCAGCAGCUGGACAAAAUAUCAGUGGCAUGGGUAGUCCAAUCAUUAAUGCUGCAGCACCAGCGGAGAACUUCCACGAAGAAUUUGACAUUGGUCUACGCUUCAUCGAACUUCAAAGGACAGAAGAAGACGCCUGGAGACGGAUGUGCUCGAACUGGUUUACUGGCGAUAACCCGCGGCCAGAUGAUGGCCAAUGGCGACGUGGUAUCCGCAACAUCGUCCCGUCCGAUGGAUUUGGCAGCUUCUGAAUCGAGCUGUCCGGCGUUGCAUGUUUUGCUUUUUAACCUGCAGUUAAUCGUUGUCUUAUAGCCUGCAGCAUAUUUCUGGGCGUAUUUGUGGAAAAUGGGCGGUGGCGCUGAAAGCUGCCAGUGAAGUACAGCGCGGCGCUGGUGUACCGAGACGAUGAUACGAAGACAUGACAAUCUACAAACUUAAUCAGUUAAACCAGUCCCCA